UCCUGUGUCUCCUCUUUUCGACCUUCGCAGACAUCAUGGAGGAGUACACUCGGGAGCCCUGUCCUUGGAGGAUUGUGGACGACUGUGGUGGUGCCUUUACCAUGGGCAUCAUUGGAGGAGGCAUUUUUCAGGCCAUCAAAGGAUUCAGGAACUCUCCUCAGGGUGUUAAGCACCGUAUGAAGGGCAGUUUUAUUUCUAUACGAACCCGGGCCCCACAGCUUGGAGGUAGUUUUGCAGUAUGGGGCGGUUUAUUCUCUAUGAUAGAUUGCAGUAUGGUUAAAAUGCGGGGAAAGGAAGAUCCCUGGAAUUCUAUCACUAGUGGAGCGAUGACCGGGGCGAUUUUGGCAGCCAGAAAUGGUCCUGUUGCCAUGGUGGGCUCUGCUGCAAUGGGUGGAAUACUUUUAGCCUUGAUAGAAGGAGCAGGAAUCCUACUCACACGAUUUGCCUCUUCACAGUUUGUAAAUGGUCCACCAAUACCAGAGGACUCAACCCAGCUAAGCCCAGCAUCCCCCUUUGGAAGUUACCAGCAAUACCAGUGAAUGACUGAUAUCAAAGACUUGAAACGCAGACUCUGGAUCAAUUACCAUCAUGCCCUGUGCACAUUUGGAUCCUUUGGCUACUACUAAGUUAUGGUUGUGACUAUGAAUGCAUGGACUACGAAGGGACUCAAACAAGUUCUAUAUAAGUUAUAUAGUUAGGCUCAUCCAAUGAGGGCUACAAAAUGAUAUGAAGGUAUUAGUUCUCCAUUCACAGGUUUCGCCCACGAAUAUUUCAAGUAUGGGUAUAAAUAAUGCAUACUUGUUUUUAUGUUGACCCUAGCAAACAUAUACAAUCAAACGUUCUUUAAGCCUAAAUUCGGCAUUUAUUCUUCUCGAGACGUAAAACUGAAAAAGCUCAGCAGUUUUAAACUAUUGUUGCAAGAGAAUCUGGCAUUUCUGUACACUAUAGGUCGGUAUCAUUUAUAUUUUGUAUCCAAUGGAUAUUGUGCUGUACACAGUUUGCCGCAUGUUUCAGAUUGACAUGGCUAUGUUCCAAUACUAAAGUACCAUGUUGGUGUUUCAAAGUU